AAGGGAGAAGCAGCCUCAUCUCGUCUGUCGGGGGCCAGGGGAGCUGUCCACCGUGCGCGGUGCUGAAAGUGUCGUCCCGCACAGCGCGGCGCGGUUUAACAAGGUAAUCCGGCGGAGAGAGAUGCGAGAUGUGGCACGCGAACAAAUGAUCACAGGGAAGAGCUGUUUUUUUUCGUCACGUAGCAUUACUCGUGCAACAAAUUUAAAGGAUGCCCUGGUCAAUGAGCACACUACCCAUGCCUCUGUACGUUGAGCUGGGUGUCCAGUCACUGAGCGGCCUCCUGUGGACUCUCCUGCUCCUCUUCCUGUGGCACUGCUACCGGAUGGGCUCCGACCUGCCGAUCCCAGGACACGCACACGCCGGAAAGCUCAAGUCCGGCUCACGGCGGUCCAUGAUGUCCCGCGGUGGCAUCUGUGCUGGAACAAAGUGCAAUGCGCGAUCCAAGCUGCUGAGAGGCGAUCAAAUCAGUCCCUUCAUUCCCAUGGAAACGGAGGAGGAUGAGGAGCAGGGGCAGGGUUACCUCACCCCUGUGCUGAGUCACGCCUUGUUUCCAGCCCAAGCAUCUGCAGAUGCCAAAAAACUGUACGCAGCACUGCAAGAGUACGCCAAGCGCUACAGUUGGGUGGGCAUGGGCCGCAUUCAUAAGGGCCUCCGUGAGCAGGUCAGACUAAACGAUCACUCUGCCAUACAGAAGCCUCACCUCUUCUUCUUGCCAGAUGUCCCAAGUGUUCCUUUCUUCCCACGGGAUGCUCAUCGACAUGAUAUCGAGGUCUUGGAAGCCAACUACCCUGUAAUCUUGGCUGAAUUCCAGGCUGUUUAUCAGCGGGGCAUCGACUCAAAACUAGGUUGGACCUGUCUGGGUCCCAAGGGCCGGGCGAUGUUUCCCUUGUACAGUUCAGGCGUCAGUGUGGCAGGAAACUGUCGCUCGUGUCCCUGCACCUACCGGACACUUCUCUCCCUGCGUACAUUCAUAAACAGCAACUCGCUGGGCUCUGCUGGAUUCUGGCUGCUGGGGCCUGGAGCCAUGUUGGGGAGUUCAUAUGGACCCACCAACACGCGCCUCCGUUGUCACCUCGGUCUGCAGACUCCACCCCUGUGCGAGCUGGUGGUGGGAGGGGAGCCCCAGUGCUGGUCAGAGGGGCACUGCCUCCUGGUCGAUGACUCAUUUCUCCACACCGUCUCCCACAAGGGGCCUCCGGAUGCCGGACCCCGUGUAAUUUUGAGCGUGGACCUGUGGCAUCCUAAUGUGGCUGCAGCGGAGAGACAAGCUUUGGACUUCAUGUUCAACCCCGACCUCUGAACCUGUGCCACCAACAGACAACAUCCAGGGAUGCCUUACCUUGGCCCCCGCUUGUUGUGGGGUCAUACGUCUAAUUCAGAUCAAUUGAUCACUGUGUUAAUUUACCCUAAGAAUUAUACAAGCCAUCAGCCACGCUUUCAAAGGGUGUUGGAUUUACGGUCUACACCAGGAAGUGCCAUGAGAACGAAUUGUUAUGGAUUAUGUUAGACAAUGCUACUGUACAGCUAGAUAGUGUGGCUGCAAACUAUAAACUGACAACAUUUGAAAGCACAAAGAGAUCUUACCCACAAAGAAGAGAUCUGAUGUUCAUUUUUGUAAAUCUUACAGUAACAUAAACAUGAUAUUGACAUCAUAUACUAUGCUAAUGAAUGCUAUUUGCAUGAAACCCAUCUGUCAUGAUUACAGGACUUUGUUUUACGAUGCUGAUGCAUGUGCUAAUAUGCCAUUUUGAAAUAUGUAGAUUCCCUACUGUAGGGUUCAACCAAAAAACUGUGAAACAUAAAAAUCGUAUAAAUGUAAAUUUCAAAUUAUUUUUGUGUUCCAAAAUGAAUGCCAAAAUAUAUAAAGCUUUGCAUACUGUGGUUAUCAGUUCUCUUCUUAUUACUAACCUCUGUGUGCACUUAUAUGUUUCUAUAUCUUUUUUCUUCUUUCUUUAUAAUUAUAAAUGGUGGUUUGUGUGUAGUUGACCAAUAAUAUGACGUGCAUCUAUCAGGAUUUUUGCUUUUUCUUGGAAUCCAAAUAACAAA